AUGAUUGUUUAUAAGAAAACAGUUAUUGCGACUAUCGCAUUUACACUUCUCUGCUUCAGUUUGCUACCGUCAGUGACUGAAGCUAAUCCAAAGCCAACAUGCCUGUAUUGCAAAAGAGCAGACAAGACAGCCACCUUAUUAGUCACCUAUUCUUAUUGUCCAUCCUCAGAUACUUGUUUAAUGGACAGAUGGAUGUAUAUUGAUCGCCCUUGCAGCGCUGGAUGGACUUUUGGAAAAAAUAUAAAUAUAACUGAGAAAUGUACUCCUACAUCAACUUCCUGUCAUUCUUUUGUAUCAUCAACUUAAUCAGCUGGCCAGCAAACCAAUUACACUGAGACAUUAGCCUCUGGUGAAUAUUGUGAUAUAUUAGUUGAUGCUACUCAAUUCGUUGGAAGAGUUAUAUUAGAUGAUGCUUUAACCCUAGGAGUUGAGUUGGAUUAUAAAAUUGGAUCGAUAUAUAAUGUUGCUAAAGGAGAAAAGAAAACUAUCAGAGUAUUUAAUGGAGAUACAAGCGGAGCUAUUACAUUUACAUUAGCAUUUAGUUAGGGAUAUCAUAGUCUGUUUCUUGGGUGGUCAUCAAUCGCAAUUGUUACUCUAAUCUCGCUCUAUAGCUUAUUUUGA